AAACACCAGUGGACGAAGGCUACUAUACGCAAAAUGUCUGACGCUGGAUCUGAAACCGCUUCCAACCACCCCGAAGUCGAGGCCCAGGAGGUCGAGGUCGCCGCCGAGUCCGGCCCCAUGUCCGUCGAGGACGCCCUCGAGAAGGUCAUCAAGGUCGCCCUUGUCCACGAUGGUCUUGCCCGAGGUCUUAGGGAGUGCGCCAAGGCUCUCGACAAGAAGGAGGCUCACCUCUGUGUCCUCGUCGAGACCGUCACCGAGGCCGAGUACCUCAAGCUCAUUGAGGCUCUCUGUACCGAGCACGGUAUUCAGCUCAUCAAGGUCUCUGACGCCAAGGUCCUUGGUCAGUGGGCCGGUCUCGCCAAGAUCGACCGAGAGGGCAAGCCCAGAAAGGUCGUCGGCUGCUCUUGUGUCGUCGUCACCAACUACGGUGAGGACUCUGAGGCCCUCCAGGUCCUCCUUGACUACUUCAAGUCCCGAUAAUCGUCUCGCUCGUCUCUCUGAUCUGAUCAACUAUCGACUUUCGACCUUGACUUUGUCAUGGGGAGUUUGUUUGUAGUCGAAUAGAUAGGAAAUGCAACGUGGUGGUUUGGAUAUCAGAGGCGAGCGUAUUGAGCGUGAACGCGG